CACCUUAUCUUCAACCUCUCGACGUAAAGCCGCUAAAAAAUCAAAAUACCCCCCAAGAAGAUGGCUCUGGCAUUCCCCUGUACAUUUUGUACUCCGUUUAAGCUGAAGACGUCUCCGAUCAAUCGCCGAUAUUCUCGGAGCAUCCGUCCACAAGCUACGUCGAGUGAAUUUCGAAUUCCUGUAGAAAUUUCGAGUCCAGCGGAUAGAGGAUCGAUGGCUGUGCCUACGCACAAGGUCACUGUACACGAUCGACAAAGAGGAGUAGUUCAUGAGUUUGAGGUUCCAGAGGAUCAGUACAUAUUGCACUCAGCUGAAUCUCAGAACAUUACUCUUCCCUUUGCUUGCAGGCAUGGUUGCUGCACUAGUUGUGCUGUACGUGUAAAAUCUGGAGAUCUGAGGCAGCCUCAAGCAUUAGGAAUAUCAGCAGAACUCAAGUCUCAGGGGUAUGCACUUCUUUGUGUGGGUUUCCCUACAUCUGACCUUGAAGUAGAAACACAAGAUGAGGACGAGGUCUACUGGCUGCAAUUUGGAAGAUACUUCGCUCGUGGACCAAUUGAAAGAGACGAUUACGCCCUUGAACUCGCAAUGGGAGACGAGUAGAAACAGAAUGGAGCGUCCCAAACUUUCAGUAUUAGAAGUGACUAGUGAGUGUUAUAUUUCUUGUCCUGAAUCUCGUGGUCCAUCUUCGUAAAUCUUUUGAUAAACUCAGACGAUGUUCCGAGAAACUUCGCAGCAAUUCAACGUUUUAUAAAAAAACUUGAGCACCUUUUAUCCA